AUGCCGUCCAAUGAAGGUCUCGGUCUAGGGGUCGCGGUUGCUGGCCGGACUCGGACUCACCCCUUCAGAGUCCUGGUGUUGGGAGGCUCUUAUGGAGGACUGGGAGCAGCUCUGAAUCUGCUGGAUCUUUGCAACGGUCGCCCGGCUCGCUUUUCCUCCGACCAAGUCCAGCCCCUCAACCGGGGCAAGAUCCCCGUCGACAUUACAGUUGUCGACGAGCGCGACGGCUACUACCACUUGAUCGCAUCGCCACUCGCGUUUGCUUCGGCUGCAUUUGCACCCAAGGUGUGGACCAAGUUCGAAGAGAUCCCAGCCCUGAAGAACAUCCGCUUCGUCCGGGGGAGUGUGAGGAGUGUCGACCCCAAAAGCAGACGGGCCACUGUCACGGUGACCGGGACUGGGACCGGGACCGAGACUGAGACCGAGCUGAACUACGACUUUCUGGUGGCGGCCACGGGCCUCCGACGGGUGUGGCCGGUCGUACCACAAGCCACGACGCGGGAAGGAUACUUGGUCGUAGCCAAUGCCCAGAUCCGGUCGGUGCGAGAUGCCCAAGAGGGCGUGGUCGUGGUGGGUGGAGGUGCCGUGGGAAUAGAGAUGGCGGCGGAAAUCAAGCUGGUCAUGCCGGCGCAGAAAGUGACGUUAAUCCACUCCAGGGACAAGCUCUGCUCUUCCGAGCCUCUACCGGACGAUUUCAAAGACACCUGCUUGACGAAGCUUCGCGAGGCGGGAGUUGAGACCAUCAUGGGCGAACGGGUUCUUGGGACGGAGACGGAGACGGUGGAAGAGAACGGGGCCGUUCGGUCGAGGUCGACUCUCAAUCUGUCCAGCGGCAGAACGAUUCGGGCCAGCGAAGUGAUUUACGCCAUCUCGAGGAGCUUGCCGACAAGCCAGUAUCUUCCAGCUACAGUCGUGGAUGAAGAAGGUUACAUCAAGAUCACCCCAUCGUUGAGCUUCCCUGAGGAGGUGUCGAACUCGCAGUAUCACUUCGCGGUGGGCGAUCUGACCAAAUGGUCGGGCAUCAAACGCUGCGGUGGCGCCAUGCACCAAGGCCAAUACGCGGCCCAGAACAUCCACCAGCUGAUGCUGCAGGAGAUGCAGGGCACAGCCCCCAAGUUCAUGGAGCUGAGCGAGGUGCCGCCCAUGAUCUGCAUCGCGAUUGGCAACCAGGCCGUCGCCCACUAUCCCACCCAGGGAACCAAGGUCGGGUCGGAUAUUUUGCAGCUUUUCUUUGAAAACGACCUGGGCAACAGGAUAUGUUGGGACCAUAUGCAGCUUGGGAAGGAAUUUCCCGAAACCGUGGCUGGAGAAGCUACUCUGUAG